GGUCGUCAAGCAAAAAAAAACUGCAGCGACUCUGACUUGUCUCUCUCUGUAUAAAAACCCAAUACCAAUGAUGAUUCUCUUUCAAUAUAACACAAAACACCAAAACAACAAAAGAAAUAAAAAUGUGUGGCGGCGCUGUUAUAUCAGAUUUCAUCUGGUCGAGUCAAGCCGGCUCUGUGAGCAGCAACAAGAAGCGUAAACCCGUCUCAGUUGGUGGGCAAAGAGAUGGGAAGCGAGAGAGGAAGAAUCUGUACAGAGGGAUAAGGCAGAGGCCGUGGGGCAAAUGGGCAGCGGAGAUUCGUGACCCGAGGAAAGGAACACGUGUCUGGCUCGGCACAUUCAAAACCGCCGAGGAAGCUGCUCGAGCUUACGACGUUGCAGCCAUCAAAAUCCGUGGCCAGAAAGCGAAACUGAAUUUCCCAAACACUAGUAGCAGUGAUACAAAUCAAAAGGAGAUGAUGAAUUUGGAAAACCACCAAGUAGAGAGCUUGUUGUCGGAGGAGGAGGAGGAGGAGCUGAUGGCGUUUGAGGAUUACAUGAGAUUCUAUCAGAUUCCGUUUCUCGACGACCAAUCGACGACGGACCUUGGUAAUCUAUGGACCUUCCAAGAAGAAGAAGAAGAUGACUCUCUCACUACUAAAUCUUAAAAUUAUUCCCCGGAUGCUAAUUUCAUUAAUAUGCUAAUAAUCUUGUCUUGUCUUGUCUUUAACAACAAGUCUAAUUUGUUUCCAUCUACCGUAUUAUAUGCUCUGUAAAGCUUCCAUUAUUGUCUGUCUCUAAAAAAUUUACUCUCACUAGUCACUACUGGUACUAUUCCGUC